UUCAAAGGUUGAAUAUAUACUCAAAAGUUUCUACACUCUAUAAAAUCAUUCACGCAGGAUGGCUUCGGGAACAAACUGGAUAUAUGUCAUAAUUGGUGUUUGUCUGCUUUUAAGUCUAGUCUCUAAUACUUUUGGAAAAUCGGCAACUGAUGACAAGCUAGCGCAAACAUCUAUAAGAAAGGCAAGAUCAGCUCAGCUGCAGUAUCCGCCGCCGCGUCAGCCAAAAUUUUUGGGCCGCAUAGAAUAUGAGUUCAGGAAAGAGUUUAAUCGUCCGGGGUCACCAUAUCAGCAUAGAGACAUUUAAAAAGAAAUAAGAUAUUACAAAAAAAAAAAAAAAAAAAAAAAAAAAAAAAAAA